ACAAAAAUGUAACAGCACCAAAAAAACAACAACACUAUUUUGAUUGAAGUGAGUCUUAAACAGCAGAGGAGGCUUCCCUGUUUAUGGUGGAGAGCACUAAGACCCAGUGGAGAGCAAAGGAGGCUGGGUCCUGCUUGCCCACCCGCCGCCUGCUCCCCAAGGCUCUGCAGUUGCUCUGGGUGAGGUGCAGGAGUCUGUGUGAAAGUGUCUUAGGUAAAGGAGCGUGUCACUCAUUGGUGCAUCCCUGGCUAAAAGACAAGGCCCCUCUCUUCUUUUAAUUUUUUUUCCCCACCCACCUCUCCCAUGCCUGGAUUGAGGACUUGGCAAGGAGAGGGGGACAGAGGUGUGUGUUUGAAGGGGGAGAGGAUAGGCGGGUGGUCUGCGUGAUAAAAAGAUUAAAAGGGGCCAGGUGAGGAGGAGACACAGGACUAUCCUCUUCCACCCUCCCUCUCUGUGACGUGGUGUGUAUGAGUGUCUGCUAUGCAUGUGGGUGAGAAAGCGAUACAGGUCGCCUGUGCCUCAGACUGUCGAGCUGCACUGGUAGGAGGAAGGAGCACUCCUCAGCCUGAGAAUCUUUGCAGCUGAUUGGUACAUUGGAUUGAGAAUGGCCUCUGCAGUACAACCAUCCUGAGUGACAGCAACCAUGACAGAAAGCACAACCUGAGGUUCCCACAGACACCCCACAAGAGCAGAGGAUGGGUGAUGGGCCCGUGAAGUUUAGUGAACUCUCUCCUCUUAGUCCUCUUAGUCUCUCAUGGAGCGUCCUGUCACACCAAGCCCCUCCUGGAACACGUCUAUGUCCACAUUUACAGCCUCUCUGCAGCCAAAUAGUUCUAACCUGACCUUGCCCGUCACAGGCGAACAAAGUGGGGCUGUUCUGAACCAGUCUUUAGCACUAUGCGUUAUGCUCAUUAUGGAUAUUCUGGCAGUGGUGGGGAACUUGGCUGUAAUGGCUGUCAUCUCCAAAACCCCCCAGCUGCGCAAGUUUUCUUUGGUGUUCCAUCUCUGUCUGGUGGACCUGCUGGCAGCACUGUUGGUGAUGCCUUUGGGGAUGUUGUCAGACUGGAUCCUGGUAGACGAGGCAUUGUGUCGCAGCUACCUCUGCUUGAGUGUGUGCCUGAUAAGCGCUGCCAUUCUCACAAUAUGUGCCAUUAACGUGGAGCGCUACUACUACAUUGUCCAUCCCAUGCGCCACGAGGUGAAGAUGACAGUAGGGGUUGUGGUGAUGGUCCUGGUGGGAAUCUGGAUUAAAGCUGUUGUCAUGUCAGUAUUGCCUUUGCUAGGAUGGCUGCUCCAGGGGAGCUCAACUCAGGAGACUUCUGAAGGUCUAGUUUCCACUCAAAGACAUUGUUCCCUUCACUGGACAGGAAGCACAACCACACGCCUGCUUUUCAUGGUCUUCUUUACGUUAAUCUAUUUUUUGUUUCCCAUGAUGAUCAUAUUGGUAGUAUACUGCAAUAUGUUCAAGGUGGCUCGUGUAGCAGCCAUGCAUCAGGGCCCCCACCCCACCUGGAUGGAAACGCCACGACAACGGUCAGAGUCUGUCAGCAGCCAUUCCACCAUGGCAGCAAGCCUGGGAGGAACAGGAUCUCGCACAACCCCUCAAAGGACCUUCAGCGGUGGAAAAGCUGCAGUAGUUCUUGUGGCAGUGGGAGGUCAAUUCUUCUGCUGCUGGCUGCCAUACUUCUCCUUCCAUCUCUACUCAGCUAUAGCUUCUACCUCUCCUGCCUCAUUGGCACCGCUGGAAGAUGUGGUGACAUGGAUCGGCUACUUCUGUUUCACAUCCAAUCCUAUCUUCUACGGCUGUCUGAACCGUCAGAUUCGUGAGGAGCUGGGCCGUCAUCUGGCUUGCCUUUUCAAAAGGGCCGGGCCCAGCGAAGGGGAGCAGCUGCCCAGCCGUGAGGCCUCUAUUGAAGAGAACUUUUUGCAGUUUCUUCAGGGCACUGGAUGCAAUCUGGAGCCCUGCAACUACAACAGCAGAGACAGCCCUGAGGAGCCAGAGACUGAGGACUGUCAAGAAUCAGCUGUUGAACAGAACAUCCCAGCUGACUUCCAUAUCCCAGGGCAAAUCCUUGAGGAAACCGCAGAGUUCAUGCAGCAGCAACACAUGAACAAUGAGAUUUGUGAAUCAGAGAACUGCUGCAAAACUGUACCAGCGCUGUAGAUGCCUCAUGUACUGUCUCUUUUACCAUAUCUAAUAAAAAUGUUUAGUUUAUUCCAAUUUUUUAAAAGUAUUUCUUUAGGAUUUUCUUUCACGAAACUUGCUUUGAAGAAAACUUUCCAGCAAACGGCAAAACAUGGUAUUUUCUUUGAAUAUUUAAGUUAAGAAGCUUUUCAUAAAAAAAAGAAAUAAAAAGAAACAUUUGUGCAUGUCGUUUUAUUAUGUCUCUACAGCUGUACAUUGUUUUGAGCUAUGUGUCGGUUACUGUGAUUUGCUUCAUGUCAGCAGACAGACAUAAACCCCCUGAUCUCUUGGUCAUAGUCCAAACUAACCAUAAAACUUCAAGUGAAUCUAACGAGGCUCUAAACCUUCAUAGUGGAAACAUGAAAUAUUGGAAAAGAUUGCCAUUUUUUGAUAAAACACAAUGUUUUUGUUGGUCAUGCUCAAUUUGUGUUCAAUUUAAUCUCAGUGAUAUAUGCAUUUUUGAAACUAAGUGAUUCAAAAAGGAAAACAGCUUAUUGCUGAUUUGGCGGGAUUUUGUGUGGAAAAAAGAACACAAAAACACUCAAAUGAGUGCAGAAGACAAUCAUUUCAUAGUUUAAGAGUUUUCAUUUCUUUGUCUGUUUUUUUGCUAAAGGAAUGCUUUUUCAUGAUGUAUUUAAUUAUCCAUUUUGACUCCUUAAACCACCAAAGAACCAAUGCAAAAACUUUCCUCCAUGUAAGGUAAUAAAUGUAGUCUUUUAAACUCCAAACCUUUCUCACUUGUUGAACGGGAUCAUUUCACAUCCACUGUUGCUGACAUUUAUACUAAACAGCCUGAUGGUGUAUUUUUAACCAUUUUCCAGAAUGUUAUUAUCAUGUUUAUCUGUUCUUAGUCUUGUGAUUAUCACCUCCUUACCAAAAUGGGAGACUCGUGAUUUAGUCCCUUCAACUCAAAGACAAACAUUGUGGCUUGUUUAGUUUGUUUGACGGUGGUGUUUUUUUAAAGCCUUUAGCCCAAAAACAGUAACUGAGGGGCAUCAGAGAGAUUACACUAGAGGUUGGUGUGAACAAAUUCGACCAACCAGUCCUCACGGUGUGUGCACUAUUUACAGGUAAACACAGGAACAGUGUAAAUGCUCUUGUGUUUGUGCAAUAAACAACCCGGCUUUGUUGUGGCUACACAAAACACACAGGUGUAACAGUACUUUCACAUAGAAAGCCUUCCUUUUGGCCUCAAUUAGCAACAGAAGGAAGACGCUUUUUCCCCGAUCUCAGGUGGAAUGCUCCCACAAGUCACACAAGCAGGGACAGAAGCUCCAAAGAGCAUUUCAAGAAGCAGAUAUUUUAAGUAGAAGAGAAAUAGUCAAAUCUUAACGCACGCUCUAUUUUGCUGCCUUUAUCUAUUUUGGACUGCCUCAUACGCAACGGUUGGUCUGAUCACAAGACUCUCAACACAAGGCAUACAGGAGGGGUUCAGAGCUUGCUGCAAGUAAGAAUAAAAAAAAGAGUCCCUUUGUCAGGGAAAUACAUAACGUUCCUAAUUUUCUUGCUGUUUGACCUUAUUUUGGUUUGUUUUUUUAUUCAGUGCUGUCCCGUCAACACUUUAAAGGUUCAUGUUUUGCACUAGUAUGCGCCUGAAGUGUAAAGGAACAACAAUGAAAAUUCAGCAAGGGGAAAUCACUGCCAUAAUUUCCAGUAUUUCUAUUUUAAUAGCUAAAAAAAUGUAUAAAGUUUGCUAUUUUUUAUUACACCUCCACUUAGAAACAAGUUUUGCUUCUUGUUAGAUAUCCAUCCUGCUCAUGAAAUGCUGUUAAUUCUGUUGUCAACUGUUGAUUAAGAAGAUAAAAAAUCAGCAAAGGCGCAAACAGAUUUUUUUUUAAUUUUUGGUAACCUUUUUAUUUUCUUUCUAGCCUUUUAACGACUGUUAUGAUGUUUCUUUACUUCUUCAUCAGCAUACUUCUGUGUAAUUCCAUUAGCUUAAAAGAUUAAAAAGUUAGCAAAACAUUUUGAAUAGAGUGUUGCUGUUUUUAUUUUUUUACAGAUACGCUUCAAUCAAUAAUGCCAGCAAUCACAUGAGCAAUCCCAACAAUUGUGUCUUUUCUCUUUUGCCCUCCAGUUGCCUCCUCCUGCUUUCUGCCUCCGUGUCCUUGUGUACGUGUUUGUGUAUGAGAGUACGUGCACAUGCAUGUGUGUUUGUGUGCAUCCCUGUAUUUGUGUGUGUUUGAGCAGGGGUUGCACUGAGUGUCAGAUUAAAAAAAACAAAGGAGUAAGAGGAUAAAAGAGGAAAUACGUUAGAUUUUAUGGUGUGACUCAGCAACUUGCCAUUGUACUAUUAUGACAUGAUAUGCCCUUUUUGUUUUUUUAAUUGAUAAUAUUUACUAAAACUUGUGCUUUUAUCCAGAAUCUGUUAAUGAAUGAAGUGACAAAUAAAAGCAAACAAAAUUAUUUUGA